AUGAGCGAUACAACUACAGUCACAUCCUCGGCGUAUCCUGCAUUUGUCCGCCGCAGGAUCGGGCGAGCGCCGUCGCCCCCUACUUGGGCCUGUUACGAGCAGAUCCCGUACGAUGAUGACUACAGUGACAGUGGUUCCGAAGACAACUCUUGCUCUGAAGACGACGAGGACUAUGGGCGGGUUCUCCAUCGCAGCAGCGAUCUCUCUGACGCCGACCAUCCCGCUGCACAUGAGAACGAGAGGGGUGCCCCGCCGGAUACCGGCGACGCGGAGAUCGGUGAAGGCGACGACGAGGCCGCCGCACAGAAGAUCGCGGACCACAGGAAGGAUGUCAAGGGAAAGCAGCGUGCCAUUGAAUCUGAGCAUGAGAGCCCAAGGAGACAGCACCGGAGGAAACGUCGCCAGCCUGUCUUCGCACUCCGCCCUAUCCUGACCAUCCAACGGAGCCAGGGGUUCGUCUGGAAUCAGGAUCUCUUUGUGCCGCCGUACAUCAAGGACCGAUAUGUUGCCUCGACCUCUCCACCGAAUGCAUGCGGUUUCGUGUCCUCUUCGGUAUCAUCCACAAAUUCCUCGAUGGAUUAUGAGGUAGAAGUAGUGGAAAUCCGGGUUCGAGAGGGGGAGCUUAGUGACAUUAUUCCCUAA